AUGGGAGGCGUAUCCCGCUCAUGUAGCCUCAUAGAGCUAGGUAGACGUCAAGGGAUUUACACUGCUGAGGAGACUCUGAUUCGUCAUUUUUAUGCAUUCUUAGAUAGCUGUAUCACUAUUCCUCCGCAGGAGUAUGACUACAUGCAGGUUUGGGCCCUUUCUCGGGGGACCUAUGUCUCCCGGUCGGCCAAGGAGAGCGCCUUACCUUCUCCUAUUUAUCGGUUUCUUCACCGACUGGUCGCCUCCACCAUUUGUCACAGAAAGGAGUGUGACAAGGUUCCUUCUAGCAACCUUUUCAACAUGUGGUGCCUCACCCAUACGGAGGUCAUUCCUGAUCCUGCCUUUGGGAGACGUCAGAGACCUAGGCAUGUGGAUCCUGAUUGUCCAGAGCCUACUCUUGAUGACAUGAUGCGGGGUCUUGUUGCUGUACAAGAGGAGCGUUAUUGGAUGGUGCCAGUACUUCAGGCACACGUCCUGGAGAUACUGACAAUGAAGACCCCUUUUCAGCCAUGCACCACUAGUCACGAUGGUGCCGGUACUUCAGAAACACAUCUCGGAGAUACUGACGAUGACGACGAUGAGGGCACCUAG